AUGGCCGUGAUUUGGUAUGUGAAUGCCAGUAUCAACAUCGUAACCGAUCUCCUCGUCGCCUUCCUUCCCGUUCGCGUCAUCUGGACCCUGCAAAUCGCCAUGCGCCAAAAGAUUGCUCUAUUGGCAAUCCUUACCAUCGGUUGGUUCGUCUGUGUCGUAUCGAUCCUCCGCCUCCACGCUCUCGUUGUCCUGGUCGCGCAUCCCGAUGACAACACUUACUACAGUGCACCAACAGCCUACUGGUCCGCGAUCGAGAUGAAUCUAGCCAUCGUCUGCGCAUCGCUUCCCGCGCUUAAGCCACUUGUUGUCAAGAUUAUACCCGGCUUCUCUUCAUCGCUCAAUGUCAGCAGGGCAUAUGGGGGUGGGACCGGUACUGGAGCCAGCACGAAGCAGAUUGGUGUCAGGAGCACAGCAAGACGCAUCGACGAUGACUUUGAGCUGGGUCGGCCAGGUAGCACAACACCUUAUCAGACGACUUCUGAAGAAGGCGGCAUGUUUGGUAAAAACAUUUACGUCUCGCGACAUUUCGAGCAACAUUUCGAACAAAGUUCGCGAAUCAGCGACAGCGAGAGCCAGAAGGAUCUUGUUGCUGAGCCAAAGUCGGUACUCCAUUGA